AUGAAGCUAUCUGUGUACUUAUACGACGACUACCAGGCAGAACUAAAGAAAUACGAGGAACAGAGUCGCCACACGCAACAAGGCUGUAAAGGCACGAUGAGUGGGAAGAACUGGUGGAACAGCGCCAUCUCGGGCUUGGAGUCGCGACUCGACACGAUACUGGCCGAGGAUGGCACCCCAAAGUCAGCAGGCGCGGGCCCGGAUGCAGCUGCCAAAACAGAAGGCACAGACAAGGCGGCGACGGACAAGAAGCUCGCAGUUGAGCCAGAAGCCUCGCGCAACUCGUCACGAAGCCGACCCAACUCCCGCCUCCAGGACCGUCUAGCCAAGGCCGUGAACAAGGGAUCCGAAGCAAGAACCUCGUCGGAUCUGGGGUCAAGGCCAGCAAGUCCUGCCGUAAAUGCCGUCACCGCAUCGCCGAGGGCAAGCAUAGAUUCAAAGGCGCCAGAAGAAGCUACAACAGUGAAAGAAGAUGAGGCGACCAAGUCAGAUAGCAGUAAGGCCGGGGAGCCUUUACAGACACCACAACCCGCUGUCGAAGCAUCUGCGCCCAUAGUCUCUCCCCCAGCGACUUCACCACCACCUACACCUCUGGUAGCCGAGCAACCAAAAUCGACGCCUGUUCCCACCAUGUCCAUGCCCUCGAUACCCUCAAUUGUCACCCCACAGACAUCUUCCCCACGCCAAUCUUUCGACAGCGACCCGUCGCGGCCCUCUGUCGACGCCAUUACCCCGACACCGCCUCCCGAGGCUAGAGACCCCGAGGAAAUACAAGUCGAGCUAUCUCUACUCCAGAACACAUACCAAGAGACGUUAAAGGACAACCGCGAGGAGCUCAACGCACAUCUAGAGCGAAUUGAUGCUCUACAGUCCAAGUUGACAUACAUGUCUGAGCAACUCGCUGCAUCUGCCAAGGCUGCCAAGUCUGAUUCUGGAGCAACACCGGCAGACAAGAAGCUGGCAGACAAGGAUGCUCAGAUCGCUGCACUCAUGGAAGAGGGCCAGAAGCUCUCAAAGACGGAGAUGAAGCAUCUCACCACUAUCAAGAAGAUGCGCGCCAAGGCUUUGGAACAGGACAAGGAAAUUGCAACUCUCAAGCAGCGAUUGACCAAGGCGGAGAAAAGCAUCACUGAUCAGUCGGAAAGGGCACGGCGCGCAGAGGCGGCGGAAAAGUCGGCGCAGGAGAAAUUGAAAAUUGUAGGCAAGAUUGAAAAAGACAUCGAGACUAUUAGAGCAGAGCGCGAGGAAGCUGGACUUACAAUAUCCGAGUUGCGGAAACAACUCAACGAUGCGCUCUCACGGGCAGAAGAUGCCGAAAAGAGGGUUCAGUCUGGCGCACUGGAAGCAGAGAAGAGGGCCACUGCGUCGCUGAAGGAGGACAUUGAGAACGUGCGGAUAGAGAAGAAGCUUGCCGAAGACCGUGCGAAGAGAGAACUUCAAGUGGCCAGAGAUGAAGCAAAGAGCCAACAGGAGAAAGCAAAGGUCGCCGAGCUGGAGCUGCGUGGCGAGAUCGCUAAUCUAGAAUCUAAGCUAGAAUUGCUCCGCAGCCGCACAGAAGAGGCAUCUUCAUCAGCGGCUGGCGAUUCACAGGCUAAGCUUCUGCGACAGAUCGAGACGUUGCAGACUCAGUACUCAUUAGCUUCCGAGAACUGGCAAGGUAUUGAGACCACUUUGACAUCUCGCGUCGCGGCUCUUGAGAAGGACCGAGACGAAACGGCGAAGCGCGAAUCUGACGUCAGGCGGAAAGCAAGAGACGUCAACUCAAAAGCACGUCGACUGGAAGACGAGCUCGAGAACAUCAACGAGCGAGCCCGAGCAUUCGAGCACGACCUGACCGAGCAGCGUGCUGCAGCCCAAAAGCUGCAAGCUAGGCUCACGCAAGCAGAGUCUGCCGCACAAGAUGCACAGGCAGAACUCGAGCGAGAGAAAAAGGUCUGGGAGGCCGAGCUCCAACAACGAAUAGAAGACGAGAAGAACAAGUGGAAGGUGGAAAUACAGACACCAUCUCUAAUGGGCGAAUCUCAAUACUUGCGGACAGACUCACCCUCUAUAGCCCAACGAAGGCAUUCGCCCGAUCCACUUGGUAUCUACAACCGCCGCCCAAACCCACGUUCCAUCACCAGCGGCAUGGACCUACCCAUGAUGUCCCCCAUGGACCGCAUGUUUGACGAAGCCUCGCGCCGCCCCUCGAGCUCCCGCCACAACAAGUCCAACAAAGUCCGCACCCCGGAAAUCGGGACCCCUCAACGACAAGACUCGAUUCCGUCCAGCAUGUCGAACCUCGCCGGAGGCGUCCCAGACACACCCUCGAUCCACACAGUCGACCACGACAAUGACCCCUUUGAAAACACAUCCUCCCCGCACCGCACCAUCAACGACAUGAUAUCUGUUUCCACCGCCGGCGCCGGCCCCUCGGUCCAACUUGUGGAGCGCAUGUCCGCCGCAGUCCGCCGUCUGGAAUCAGAAAAAGCAACACACAAAGAGGAGCUUGCGCGCCUCACCGCGCAGCGCGACGAGGCGAGGGAGGAAGUCGUAGCACUCAUGCGCGAAGUCGACGAGGCGCGCAAAAACGGUGAUAGGGUCGCUGAUCUCGAGAAGCGCAUGGAUGAGAUGCAGGUUAGAGAGGAGGCGGCAUUGGAUAUGUUGGGCGAGAAGACGGAGAGGGUCGAAGAGCUCGAGGGCGAUAGGUUAGAAAUGUCCCUUUACGAAUUGGAUAUGAGACAUAUGCUGACCUUGUAUAUCUAUAUGUUAGGCUGGACACUACAGGAACUACUUGCUCCAUCAAACGUAGAAUUCUACGAUCAAGACUGGACGUUCAGGGGGAGUAGAAAGGACCACACCGACACUAUAUCCGAGUUCACUUCGAUUCCUACUGAGGUCUUACUCAAGCCAAGAACAAUAUACAUGGAGUCUGUCGGUGCACGGAUGUCUUGGGCUUCCAGUAGAGUUACCAAACGUACCGAAGAUAUAGCGUACUGUCUUCUUGGUAUAUUCGAGAUCAAUAUGCCAUUGAUAUAUGGAGAGGGCAAAAGAGCAUUCCUACGUCUUCAAGAAGAGAUUAUCAAGCGCAACAAUGAUCUCACUAUACUAGGAUGGGACAGUGUGUCAUACUACAAAAGGUGGGAUGGUCUUGUUGAAGUCCUUGCCGGUUCUCCGGCUGCCUUUGCAGGCAGUGCUAAGCUCCAAAACAUCUCCAUAGGAUUAGGGCCCGAGUUCUCCAUCACAAAUCGAGGUCUUCUUCUCACUGGGGACUUCAAAUUAUCCUAUCGAUCAUCGCGCCAGAAGCCGGAAAAGUCCACUUACGUCCUUCAGAUUGCGACUACGGGCGACUCUGCGACUCGUGAGAUUGGCCUUCGAAAGCUGGCACCACAUCUGUAUGGUCGUUUGCGAAGGCUCCCUCCAUCGGGGUACUACAAUGCGUCCUCUGGCUUUGACGACAGUGACUACAUAACCAAAAGUGACAACAUAACCGAGACACCAACAGAUGAAGAUACGAUCUACAUAAGAACUGACUUCCGCCAUACCGAUGACUUUACUCACCUUGCUGCUUCCCGGAAUAAUGCACUGCAUAUUCCCAAGCAAGAAGAUCUCGAAAUCCUUCAAGUAACUCCACGGUUGUUGUGGGAUCACUCGGACGCCGUGUUCCUACAGACGAGACAAGGCACUCCUUAUCCAUAUUACUCCUCCGUAGUAGCUGUUCUAUUUAAAUCUGGGGUUGGAGGAUACAAAGACCAUAUAUUUUUGGUCUACGAAAGCGGUGUCGUACACCCAGUUUUACAUGUUUUCAGCGAGUCCUCUGCCGAGGAACAUCUUCAAGAUAUUGGGAGGCUGUUUCCAGCUUGGAGUGAAGAACGCAGCCGUCGCCUGCGCGGGAGUGACUACCACGACCCAAUCCCCGAGAAGGACAUAUCGUGGGAGGAUAUAAGAAAAGAAGCACCGUGGAUCUUGAAGAAGGGUGACUCGGUCGUUAUGUCUGGCUCUCAAGGCAGGUGCACCAUACGGUUCUUUUUGGAGUCUGACAUGCUCUACCCUUACAAUAUUCCAGUCAUAAGCCUCAAGCCAUCUGUUACUCACAGUCAAUCUGGGAUUGAUACAAUACAAAAGUGA